GCUAUAAAACAGUUUUGAUUCAGACUGUCACUUCCUUCUCAACCAUCACGAGGAGUCAACGAUUUGCAAUUGAAACUAAAAACCGCAUAAAUGAACAAUAAGAAGUUUAAGGGUCAUUGGGCUUCCCUCUUUAAGUGCAUCCAGAGUCGCAGCAUCAAACUUCGUCAGCCAUAUCAGAAGCGUGUCCUGGACUUACUCAAGAUGUCCAAGCAAAAGCGUGCUCUCCAGUUCCUGAAGCGUCAUCUGCUCACUCAAAUAAGGAAGAGCCAUAUUUCCGGCAUUCUUGCUAAAAUUCGCAAACGAAUGGCUCAAUGCAAACAGUUGCUAAAAGAAUUGAAUGUAGAUCAAGAGCCGAAUUAAAUUGUGUAUAAUUUUCAAUUGCGUAUUCAGCAAGUAUUAAAUACAACACAUUAUAUAUCUA